AUGUCGCGCUCGACAUUCGUUGCGGCCCGCAACUCGCGGCAUCGCACCGCAGCUCUCGCUUUAUAUCGUGCGCUCCUACGAACUGCGAGCAAGGUUCCUGUACCGCUAGAAAUUGCAUCGCAGAAGGCAUCAAAAGAGCUCAAGGCGAAUCCGGUCGUGAGGAUUGUGAGGAAGCGGUUUGCGAAGAAUAAGCCGUACACGAGCUUUAGGCUUAUAUAUGCAGCCAUGACCGCGGGCUACAAGUUCCUCAACCUUCUUACAAAUGCGCAAACUCCCAACUCUCCAGAACACAGCCAAGUCAUACACCACCUGCAAUCCGUGCGCCAAACCGCCGCCGCAUCCCGCGCAAUCCCUCAGCCUCCACGAAAACCCGAUCCCAUCCUCCCACCCGAGCCUCUCAUCAUCAACGUCGCAAAGGCCGACGAACCCCCGCAAUACACAUCCAACAUCCUCCCCCGGCCAAGGGACUCGCUCAAGGGACCAGGACCCCGAAAAGUCCCCUCCGUGAGCGCCACUGCAGACGGCCAGCCGUUUGUGCGACUCCGGAAACCCCAGCCGCAUGCCAUGUCCAAGAUGAUAGGCCGAAAGACCAACAUUUUCAACGACCGCAUCAUGAAUAUUCUAGAUGUAGACGAGUGGACUGCCUCGCAGGCGGCUUUGGAAGAUGAGUGGGAUCGCAUGAUGGACAAGCUGUUGGCAAAGGAGAACCCUAAGAAGAUGGAAAAUCAAGCAUUUUCAAGGCGGACAUAUGACCAAGAUUAUUUCCCCAUGGGGGAGACAUUUGGCUGGAGCGUGCAGCUGUCCCGGCUGUGGUGGGAAUGGAAGGUCGAGAGAACGUGGGAGGAUUGGACUGCCAGGGGAGAAGCCCUCCACGAGCUCGUCGAACAAGAAAGAUCUUUGGCUGAGAAGGAACGAGGAAGAAGUGAAAAUGAUCUGUUAAAGAAGGAUAACCGCCGAGCUACGGCACGAUUACGGCGAGACGCUCAGGAAUUCGAGGACGCGCCACCCAAUGUCGUCGUUAGCGAUACUACAGGGCUACCCCUAUUAGAAGCUCUACGGAGUAAUUUACCCGAGAGCACAAAGUCGGCGCAAGACGAGGCACCGCACGAUCCAUUCUUGUCACCGGCCUGGGCUACGUUGGUGAAGACAGAGCAGGGGAGAAUGUUGAUGUGGGCAAGAAGGCAUGUUGUUAGAUCAGAAAGGUGA